AUGGUCGACACCGAGAAUCCCGCAUCCGCCAACCAACCCAAGAAUGCUGACCAGUUGGAGCAAGGUAUCGAAGAAUGGAGAACCUCUGCUCUACGCGCAAUCGAUAAAAGGAUCGCGCUGUAUAACCCCAAACUCACACAUCAAAACGUCGCGCCCGCUACGUCGUCAGCCCCGCCACAUGCACACUACAGCGAAUCUCACCGCGCUCUGGAUGUCGUCGAGAUACUGGAGCAAAUCCUUUCUCACACCUCGCCCAGAACUCAUUACAAAGCAUGUAAUGUAUCGAAACGUUGGAGAGACAUCGUUGUCCACAUGUUGGAAACGCAAUACCGCGUCCCGUACCCCUGCCCACCUGUCGAAUACGGAGACACUAUUCCAUCGGAUCUGGACUGGCUGCAGCCACCCGAGGAUGAGGCCACAAAACUUGAGAACGCUAUCAACGGCACGCCGGGUAGCGAUCAAAACAUAGUGAUAAAUCCUUUCCUCACGGCGCUGUGGACGCAAGCACGUAUAUUCCCACAGCCAGUCCUUAAUGUUAUUCGUGACAUGGCCUCCAGGCAGUCUAAGUUCCUAAACCUAUCAGACUUUUCCUCUGGAACAGGCGAAGCUCGAUGGAUGGAUUUGUCCCAGUUCAGGGUGAAUCCAUACUUUGUUGAGUUAUUCGGUGAUUGCUUUCGAUCAACCGAGAGCAGCUACACUAUCAUCAUCAAGCCUCACAUACUGGAAUAUCUGGAACAACUGGAGACGGUCAAAGGAACAGUCCGCGAGCAGCUCGUUCACGACAUGUAUCUUACCCAACCUCCAUGCAAAGUCCUGCGAACAUACGCAGUGAGAAGGUUUUCCGACGGACUACAGAUGAUAGGCCAAGUACACCAGACGAAUGGCGUCCGCAUUGGAGAUCUUUUGCACAUGUUGCAGGUUGAUUGGAAGUUCUCUAGAGCAAUCGACCAGUGGCGUACUCGUUCCGAGUAUUUGCGGAAAGCCAUUGCAGAUCAUACGCCAGAUGUGUUCUCACUUUCGGAUGAGGAGAAACUUUGGGCUUGUCCUGGCUUUCCGAAGCUUGUCAUCAUCUUCGAGGCUCUAGAACAGCCACAUCCGACAUUCGCGCAAGAACUCUACAACCUUACCCCGUACAGGAAGAGCGCGCAGAAAAAGGAAUGGCAUGAGUACAUUCAGAAGUAA